AUGUUUAUUUCAUUAUCCCAGCUUCGUCUAUGGGUACUGACAUGUGAAAAGCGUGCUAUUUCUCUCUUCGAAUCAAUAAACCCGGCAACAAACAGACGCUAUGAAAUUCAGCUCAAGGGAGCGGGUCUAACCCCAUACUCUCGUUUCGCCGACGGCAAGGCAGUCCUCCGCUCCAGUAUUCGGGAGUUUAUUGUCUCCGAAGUCACUCGCUUUGCAGAGUCGUGGAUUAGAAUAGGCACAUUUGACUUGUUACGUGCUAGAAGUGACUUGAAGCUCACCCGCCGGCUUGCCACUUACGUUGCCGAAGAUGUAUUCCCAGGCUGGGAAUCACUCCCGGCUGCCCUGCCCACUACUCAGGAAAAAGACAAACCUGUCGAUGGGAAAUUGAUAGACAACCCUCCUCGGGGAGUGCCCAAGGACGAGAUCCAAGGUGAGAAGGGCGCAGAGGAGAACAGGUUUGCCAGGCUAUAUAGAGAAAUAGUUCGACGCAACGCAAAGACGGUAGCCGCCUGGCAGGCAUAUGGCUUCAUGAACGGCGUGCUCAAUACCGACAACACCUCCAUUUUUGGCCUGUCGCUUGACUUUGGCCCAUUCGCCUUCAUGGACAACUUUGAUCCAAGCUACACACCCAACCAUGAUGACGAUAUGCUGCGGUACUCAUACAAGAAUCAACCAUCAGUGAUCUGGUGGAAUCUGGUGCGUCUAGGAGAAUCAUUCGCCCAGCUAAUAGGCAUUGGCGACAAGAUCGACGACGAAGCCUUCCUAUCCAAUGGACUGAGCGAAGAACAAACGUCCGAUGUCAUUGCUCGAGCUGAGAAACUCAUCGACCAAGCUGGAGAUGAGUUUAAAACGGUUUUCCUAAAUGAAUACAAACGCCUCAUGUCUACACGGUUGGGGCUUAAAACGCAAAAGGAAUCUGAUUUUAAUGAACUGUUUUCGAACCUUCUCGACACUCUCGAGAAACUAGAGUUGGACUUUAAUCACUUCUUUAGAAGGUUAUCAGGACUCACCGUGGCGGAGAUAGAUAGCGACGAAAAGAGGAAAAAGGUGGCCAGUUUGUUCUUCCACGACGAAGGCGUUGGCGGCGCCGGAAAUACCGAGGAGUCUGCUCGGGAGAGCGUUGCUAAGUGGCUUUCAUCAUGGAGAGAGCGAAUAGUAGAGGACUGGGCCGGGUGUGAAGAUGAGGAGCGGAUACGCUCCAUGAAGAGAGUGAAUCCAAAGUUUAUUCCUCGAUCGUGGAUCCUCGAUGAAGUGAUCCAGCGUGUUGAGAAGCAGGGUGACAGGGAGAUUCUAGGUCGAACCAUGAACAUGGCCCUCCACCCAUUCCAAGAAGAAUGGGGCGUCAACAGGGAAGAAGAGGAGAGAUUCUGCGGCGAUGUACCCCGAUUCAAGAGGAUGGCAAUGUGCAGCUGUAGCUCAUGA